AUGGGGGAUCGUUCAGAAAAUAUUGUUGGAGAAAAGAUUGAUCGUUGUUUCGCUGACACACUACUAAAAAUUUUGGCUGGAGCCUCCGUGGGAGUUGUAACUUCAUUUGCACUUUUUAAAGGAAGAUCUUUUCCAGUUUGGUUAGGUACAGGUGUUGGACUUGGUUCCGGAUGGAAUAAUUGUUCUCAUGAUUUUAAAGCACCAUAUUUAUUACAUGGAAAAAAAGUAAAAGAUGGUUCUGGAAAAGAAAUUAUACAAGUUGUGGAGCCAACAUUAAAAAAUUAG